AUGAGGAGGUGGAGUAAGGAAGGAAAGAAGAAUGUUGAUGAUGUGGAAAAGAAUGAAGGUCCUUUAAAGGAGAGGUCGAGGAGAACUAAUGAAAAGGUGAACUACGUUGAGAUCGAUGUUACACUAGAUGAGAUGAAGGAAACAACCGAGGCAUUCCUUGGAAAGAAAAUCGAAGAUGAUGUUGUCACUCUUCUUGCAUACUUCAACAACGCCCAAAGGCAAGCCACCAAGGAUGCUUAG